AUGAUGGAAACGCCGGGCAAGAAACGCAAGAGAAACGCAGAAACGAACCCGUUUCUAAACUUUUCCGAGCAAACGUUCAGUAUUCCUUCUUCGACCCCAAUUCAUAACCGUGAGAUUGAUGGCAGUGCAUUCGAAAACCCUUCGUUCCGUAUGUCGAAUAAGGAAAACUAUAACAUGUUUUCUGACUCCUGCAUGGAGAUUAAAUCUAUUGCCGACCUUGCUGGAUCCAUGCCUUGCAAGCGUCCGAUGGCAGCCGUGAAUGAGGCCAACCCAUUCGAAGUGAUACGCAAACCACCGAAGAAAAAGAAGAAGCAGCUGCACUCGAGCACGGUUACGCUGGAGGACAGUUGCUUCGAGAAUCCUGGAUUGAAUCUGGCCGCAGCCGAAAAGCAACCGGUGAACAAUCCGUUCGAGGUGCCUCGGGAUGGCGAUGAAUGUAAGCGAAAAGAGGCUGAAGAACAAAGUCGCUGCUUCGUGAACAAUGCACUUAACAUACGCGGUGCAGAUGGCAUCGAACGGUUCAACCCGUUCGAGAUUGUGCGCCCGAAAGAACCAGCUCCGGAGCCACCUGUACGGGAUAUGCCCGUCCCGGAGCUGGCGGGUAUCGAGAACCCAGCGCUAGAGAUGCCAGCCUAUGCGAUUGCUGUUCCCUUUACACCGUCGUUGAAGCAUCGCAUAAAUUUCCAGGACAUCACACCGAAUGUCCUAACACCCUGCCGUAUGCUUGCCAAUAUGGUCGUAUGCAGCCCUGAUCCGAGUAAGAAGGGAUCAGUUGCAGGUACGGGAUUUGCCGGAGAUAUGAACAACAAAAACGCGACCGUCACUCUGGCAAAGAGACGCUCCCUUUCGGUCAUUAGUGAGGAGUCGGACAUUGGCGAAAAACUGGACUGCUAUCAGCUGGAGCUAGAAAAUAGCAUUAAUGAGGCGAGGGCUCGAAAGCAACGACAAGGCGAAACAACUCCGCUUACUUUCAGUGGAACCGGUCAUCGUCGUCGAUCAGUUCGACGUAGCCUGAUCGAUAUUAAACAUAUUAGCAACCUUUCUCAGAAGCUACACGAGAUGGAGGACGAAGACAACGGGAUUAAGGAGCUAGCGAGUGAUACACCGGCGUUGGAGGAAAACGAAGAAGAUAAAGAAAACAAGCAACCCUCAUUGGAUGAAGAGAUGAUCAUUCAGACGCACCGAAACCAAAUGACUUUCACCAUUACCAAAGAAACGACUGUUCUCCGGGAGGAGGUCCGUAUCGACGUCUCGAACCCGGAUGUGCAGUUUGAGGAGGUGGAUGAUUUCGAGGACGAAGAACAGGACGUGGAGCUGAUGCAUAACCCAGCCCCAUUCCAGCGUGCUUACCGUAAGAAGGAACCACUGGGCGUUCGAUCAAUGGAGGAGCUUCCGUCGGUAGAGUUUAAACGCCCUCCGACUACAUAUCAUGAUGGUCGCGGAAAUGCUCCAGUAAAGUCGCACAAAGUACGAGAUGCAAUUCGCCGGAGCUUCCGUCGAUUGAUCCCAAAAGGCCAUUCAGAUGAGGCUAAAGAAAUGGAAGAAAAUCACCCACAUUCCAAUGAUCGCGAGGGACACGGACUGAUUUCCAGCAUUCGACACAGCCUCCGACGUCGUCCACCAAAGGCACAACCAGAUGUUCAAUCUUGUGAGGAUGAGAAUAAGAACCAGACUUCAGGCGAAUCCCCGUUAGAGAUGUCGAUCAUAGCCGAACAACCGAGGGCGAUAUUUCGACAGCCAUCGCUGGAUCAAUACAAACCGAUCGUUGCCGCUCCGUCAGGCGGUGAGACACUUCGCAACAGCCUGCGUCGUUCGACGAAGGAUAUUCGAAAGCAGAUGAUGAAGUCGGUGUUCCGUAAACAAUCUGGAGAGUUGGAUGGCGAUCAUGGUCAACACGUGGGCCAACUGAUUUAA